UUCCAUUUUCCCUGCCUUGCUCAAAGCAAUGGCGCGAAUUCUUCGGCGGCUCAUUGCCGCCCUCCUGUUUGCGGCGCCGGUGGUCUUUGUGUCAUCCCCAAGACGCAGCACCACCCCCAGACAUAGACUGCGCGCACAGGCGGGGCGCUCCGACAUCCCGGAGACCAACCCACAGGGCAUCCGCAAUCGAUUCUGGCAGUGGCGUGGACAGCGCAUCCGGUACCAAGCGCUGGGGGAAGAGAACGAUGGGCCCAGCGUGCUGCUGGUGCAUGGGCUGUUUGUGAACGCUGACCACUGGCGCCAAAACAUGCCGGCCCUGGCGGACGCGGGGUUCCGCGUGUAUUCCAUCGACCUCCUGGGCUAUGGCUACAGCUCGAAGCCGCCGCCCACGAGCGAGGAAUCCUUGGCCAUCAACGGGGAGAAUGGGCGCAGGCUGGGCUCGCCCUUCGCCAACUUGGGCACUGCCUGGGGCGGGGAGCGGCUGGAUGUGGAGGUGCCCCUGAGCCAUCCCCUCGGCUCUGUUUACAACUUCUACACCUGGAGCGAGCAGCUCCGGGACUUCGCGCGGGAGGUGAUCCGGGGGCCCGCGCGGAGCAUCGCGUUGGUGGCCAACUCCAUCGGAUCUAUCUCAGGCCUUCAGGCGGCCCUCGACGAAGCUGAGCUCUUCAACGGCUUGAUGAUCCUGAACCCCAACUUCCGGGAGCUGCACGUGGCUGAGCAGCCGGACUUUCUCCCUCCAAUCGUCUCGGCAGUGCAGGGCGCGCUCCGCGAGAACGGCCAGGGAUUGUUCGAUUUUCUCGCCAAGAAGGACAUUGUGAAGCAGAUCUUGAAGGAGCCGUACCAUGAUCCCUCAACUGUGACGGACGAGUUGGUGGAUGUUCUUCUUUCACCUCUACUGACUCCAGGCGCGGCGGACGUGGUCUUCGAUACGCUGUCUUAUUCCGCUGGACCAUUGCCAGAACAGCUUCUGGCUGAUCCGAGAAUGACGAGCUUUCCUGUUUGGGUCUGCUUGGGAGACAAAGAUCCAUGGACGCCUGCAAAACGAGUUCGAGCUCUUGAUCGAUUCUUGCCAGUGCGACGAAUCGAUCUUUUGCCAGGCAUCGGGCAUUGUCCACAUGAUGAAGCACCAGAUGUGGUGAAUCCGUUGCUGAUCGAGUUCGUUCGUCAGCUGCCACAACCGGACUCCCAAGAAGUUGCUCCAUUGGCAGCUUGAGCGGCUUAAUGGUGAUCCAACAGCUGCUUGAAAAUAAGCGAAGGCUGAUGUGCGCACGAGCCCAA